AUGCCGCCCCGAGUAGCACGCAGCUCGAUUCAAAGCGGUGGCGCUUCAAGCAAAGGCAAUGCGAAAUCGCGAAACCCCAAGAAAGCGCAGAAGCGCGCCCUCGACGCCUUCUCCAUCGCCCAGUACGAGAAUCCAGACGAUGCGAAAGUGCGCAAGAACCGCUUAGGCGAAUUCGACCCCGCCUUCAACCGCAAGCGCGCGCGCGAUGACGACGAAGAGGACGACGAAGAUGAGGACGAGGACGACGGGCCCAAAAGGCGCAAGAAGAAGUCUGGCGACGAGAGCUACGACGAAGGAAGCGACUCCGAGGGCAACACCUGGCAGAUGGGUCACGUGGAAGACGACGACGAUGACGAGAGCAUCGACUCGGACGAGGCGUUCGGCGAGAGCGACGAGGAACGCUUCGAAGGCUACACGUUCAGAGGCAGUUCCAAGAACCACAAGGGAAAGGCAAAGAAGUCGAAACGAGAGCAAGACAUGAUGGACGAAGAUGGCGACAUCGAUCUCGACGAGGGCGAUAGUGCAGAUGGAGAGGAAGAAGACGAAGACGAUCUUGGCGAAGAUGCUAUCGAUCUAGCUACUGCGUUGGAUCAAUACGAGGAGGAUGAGGCUGAGGAGCGAAGGGAAAAAGAGAAGAAGAAGAAGGUCUCCGCAUUCGACGACAGCGACUCGGAACCAAGUGAAGGCGAGGACCCCGCAGCGGAUGGCGCAUCCGACCUCUCAUCCGACGAAGAAGAUGAGGAUGAUCGCCAGGCGCAAUUGCAGAACUUGAUCUCUUCGUUGGCCUCGCGGGAAGACGACAAACCCAAGGGCAGGAGAGUGGAUGUCCAUGAGUCGGCUGCGCCAGACGAGUUUGGUGUCUCCCGCAAAGUCGACCUCCUCAGCUUCAAGCCUAAGGUCGCCGACGCGGAGAAAAAGAAGGCGCUUAAGCUGCUGCAGGACGACAAAUCCUCAAAACGAAAUGACAUUGCUAGGAAACUAGAUGCACCUUUACCGAAGCGACAACAAGACAAGCUCGAUCGCGCUGCAGCUAACGCCAAAGCGAAUGAAACUCUUGAGAGGUGGACCGACACGAUCAAGCAAAACCGCCGCGCGGAACAUUUGAUGUUCCCUCUACAAAACCCCACCGGAGGCGACAUGGGAGAGAAGACCCUCCUACCCACUACGAUCGCUGCACCUACAAACGAUCUCGAAAGCACGAUUCAGUCCAUCCUCCAGCAGAGCGGGCUAUCAAAUGGCAAGGAAGACGAGGAGAAGAUACAGAAGUGGGAAGAGCUCCAAACGAACAAACUGCCAGUCGAGGAGGUCCUUAGGCGACGCGCUGAACUGCGAAUGCAACGAGAGCUAUUGUUCCGCGAAGAGGUUCGCGCCAAGCGCAUCAAGAAGAUCAAGAGUAAGUCUUAUCGGCGAGUGCACCGCAGGGAGCGCGAAAAGCUGCUGGAGAAGGAACGUGAGCAACUCAAGGCCGAUGGCGUUGAUCUGUCCGAGGAAGAGCGCGAAUAUAACGAUCGCCGGAGAGCAGAGGAACGCAUGGGUGCUAAGCAUCGCGAGAGCAAGUGGGCCAAGGGCAUCAAGGCUACCGGAAGAGCGAACUGGGACCAGGAUGCGCUCGACGGUGUAACUGAGAUGGCCAGACGGAACGAGGAGCUUCGUCGUCGUGUUGAGGGCAAGACCGUGCGCGAUGACGAUGAGGAAGCAUCUGAUGUGCCAAGCGAGGAGGAAGAGAGCGACGAUGACGACGAUCAAUCGGACAACGACGCACUACAACAAUCUCUCGGCAAGCUCAAGUCGAACCCCUUCUCGACUAAGGAGUCUAAGCUGGGUCAGAUGGCCUUUAUGCAGAAGUCCGAGGCUGCGAAACGCGCACAGAACGACGAAGCUGUUGAAGCUCUAAGACGCGAGCUUGCAGGUGAAGACAGUGACAACGCCGAAAUCGAUGAGAAUGCUACCAAGGCAGGACGGAGAAGAUACGGUCCCAAUGCGGACGUGUCAGCUCCGGCUAUACAGAUCAACCGCAGCGAGUUCGAGGAGCACGAAGGUUCCGACGCAGAGAACGAAAACAACCCGACUGCGGAAGGCGAAGGGUCUGUUGCUGACGCAGCAUCAGCUAGAAAGCCCGCCAAAAAGAACGGCUUGAGCGGUCUCUCGAAUGGUGCCCGCAAAGAGCGCAAGGCUGUCGCGCCUGUAGAGAACGGCAGCGGAGAGUCCAACCCUUUCUUGACCAAGGCCAAGAAGGAGAAGAAGGCCACAACAGAGCCUGAGCUCUUCCAAGCUACAAGUAGCACGACCACCGCUACGCAAGCUAAGGCCGGCGCUUCUAAGCCUACGCCCAAAGUCAAGCCUCAAAAGAAGUCGAAGCAAGCGGCCAAACCUCAAGAGACCAAGGUCGACGAUUUCUUGAAGCAACGCGUCACCACGGCCGAUGACGAUGGUUGGGCGACUGUCAUUGGUGGCCAAGACGAGGACAUGGACGAGCAAAGCAUCGAAGACGAAGGUAUCGAUCUUGACGUUGUCAUGCGCAACCAAGCUCUCACAGCGAAGGGCUUCGCCGGUGAUGACGUCGAAGCCGACUUCGACGCCGAAAAGAAAGCCACCAUCGCAGACGAAGAAGCAACCGAAGAAGUUUCUAUCCUCCCCGGAUGGGGCUCCUGGACCGGCGACGGCAUGUCCAAGGCCGAAAAGAAGCGUAAUCUCGGCGCCAAAACAGUCACCAAGAAGCCCGGCAUCGAUGCCGACAGGCGAAAGGACAGGAAAAUGGACAAGGUCAUUAUCAAUGAGAAGAGGCAGAAGCCUAACGUCAAGUACAUGGCUAGCCAGCUGCCGUUCCCAUUCGAGAACAGGGAACAGUAUGAGAGGAGUUUGCGCGUGCCCAAGGGCAAGGAGUGGGUCACUAAGAAGACGCAUCAAGACGUUACGAGACCGAGGGUUAUUGUUAAACAGGGCGUUAUUGCGCCACUGCGGAAACCGCUGGUAUAG